GGCGGACGCGCGAGUCCGGCACGCGUGGGUCGCGGAGCUCCGCCGUAGUACAUGCGUGCGAUGUACUCUCCCAUCGUCACUCAGCUUAGCACCGGUAGGCUAGUCUUGCUUUCCCUUCAACCACCACCAUGUCUCCCAUCAGGACGCAAUGGACCCGCUUGAUUCGCUUCGUAGCGGCAGAGACAGGGAAUGUCCACCUCGGUGAGCCUGUGGACCCCAAGCUAGACGUCGGUAUGGCAUUCCAGCUUCGGCAACCCAUCAGGGCGUACGAGAUACUUGGUUCUGUCACGGACCUUGGCUCGCAGGUCACCGAGAAUGUGCUGACCGUCAAGGAGCUGCUCGCCCCUCUCGCCCGUCACGAAGUGGGCGGCAUCGUGCGUUGCUUGGGUCUGAACUACGCGGACCACGCGGCGGAGGCGAACUUGCAGAAGCCCUCGGUACCCGUGAUCUUUUACAAGCCUCCGACUACUCUCAUCGGGCCGAGCUCGCUUGUGACCAUCCCGCGCUUCGCGCAACCAGUUGAGGAGCACAUUCCUGACUACGAGGUUGAGCUUGUCAUUGUAAUUGGCAAGGCGGCGAAAGACGUGCCGGAGUCCGAGGCCCUCGACUAUGUCUUAGGUUACACUGGUGCGAACGAUGUUUCGUUCCGCAAGCUCCAGAUGACUGCUGGCGGUGGUCAAUGGGGUUUCUCGAAGAGCUUCGAUAACACCAACCCUGUCGGCCCGUGCAUUGUUGCGGCUCACGCCAUCCCUGACCCUCAGGACCUUCCCCUCAAGACGGUCGUCAAUGGGCAGACUCUCCAGAAUGGCAGCACCUCCGCCCAGAUUUUCAGCGUCAAACAAACCAUUGCCUACAUGUCCAAGGGCACCACACUGCUCCCUGGCUCCCUCAUUCUCACCGGAACACCCGCAGGUGUUGGCUUCGUCAAGAAGCCACCUCUCUAUCUCAAGGGUGGCGAUUACAUGACGACCUAUGUCGGCGGCGGUGUUGGUACGCUCGCUAACAUGGUCGUCGAGGAGGCUGCGCUGGGCAAGGCGAAGCUCUAAGGACCGUUUUUGUAGUAUCAAUAUAUGUUGUGCAUUAUACAUUGUGUUCCUCUGGUGUCUUAUGCCAUAUUCGAGCGUCGCCGUCCAG